GCCCGCAGUUCCCGCCUCCUCAGGUCCGGGCGGGUCCCUGGCCGGGGUAGCACGGAAGGGUCUCCCAGGCGGCGUAGUAGGGCUUCCGUGUUACUGGAAACCUACUUCCGGCUGCAAAUGGAAAAAGGAGCCUCUUCCUUAACCAAUCCCCGGGAACCUCAGGCCCGCGGAUGGGAGAAACCAGAGAUGCCAACUUCCUGCUUCCGAAGUAGUGGCUGGGUCUUAAAGCACCGUGAGUGCAAUCACCACUUAAGUUUGCAGCGCCUUUUUGAGGACCUAUGCCACUCUUGCAUUAGUCGUUUACUUAUUUUGGCCAGUCUUCUUCUGGCCCGCCGCGGUAAGGAGAAACAAGAGAGGGGUGGCGGCAGAAGAGCUCCGAGAAAACCUGAUUCUUGUCCUGUGGUUGAAAAAGUGAACAGGUCAUCAUGUUUCAAAGUCCAUUUACUCAUGAGUACAAUGGCUGUAAUAGCUCUGUUUCCAUGAAGUGUGAGGAUAAAGUGAAAUAAAUGUGGAAAGUGCUCAUGACAACCACUUGCCCAUUAAAACAGUGAAAUUGAGGACUUCUGCAAAGUUUAGCUGAGAUAACUAGAGUUCAUGCUCAAUUCUUGCCAGGUACAGUAGGCCUGGAUGGUUCCUUCAAAUCUUCAUUCCUGCUUCAGUUUGAUCACUUUACAGCCUCCAGAUGCAGAAUACUUUUCACACGAUGCACUUUCAUUCCUUUUCUAUUGGGAGACAAUUCACAUGUGUCAUGUUCCUGCAUGUCUUGAGAGAGCAGAGGCACUGACUGCCUUUUUCCGACUAUCUUUUCAAGGAUGUUUCUGCAUUGAAUAGCCCUGGAAGACAGAAUUCUUGUCUCUCCAAAGAUCUGGCAGACUUAUUCCCAAUUAUAAGAGAUCCUUGCAAAGGAGGUGUCUUGCUUCACCUUCACCUUCCACUGUGAUUGUAAGUUUUCUGAGGCCUCGCCAGCCAUGCGGAACUGAAUAGGACUAGCAACUUCAUAGACGGUUGUGAAGACAAGCUAGACGGCAGAUGAAAGUUCUUGGCACAGAGUGAACACUUGAUAAAUUAUAUGGCAGGGAGGGCUGGAACGGGACUUGUUUGAAGAGCAAUAUGAGCCAGGGUUAUAGACCUGAGUUUGGGGUAAGAGUGGAACAUCCAAAUGGAAGAGUCCAGCAGCUGAAAGGACAUUUGUUCAAAGGCUUUUUUCAUUACAGUUUUCUCCUUCUUCUGAUCCAGCCACAGCCUCCGGAGCCUUUGCACACCUACCUGCCCGGCCGACUUACCUGUACUUGCCGCCGUCCCGGCUCACCUGGCGGGGCCCGAGGAGUAGUCGCUGGAGUCCGCGCCUCCCUGGGACUGCAAUGUGCCGGUCUUAGCUGCUGCCUGAGAGGAUGUCUGGGGUGUCCGAGCCCCUGAGCCGAGUAAAGUUGGGCACGUUACGCCGGCCUGAAGGCCCUGCAGAGCCCAUGGUGGUGGUACCAGUAGAUGUGGAAAAGGAGGACGUGCGUAUCCUCAAGGUCUGCUUCUAUAGCAACAGCUUCAAUCCUGGGAAGAACUUCAAACUGGUCAAAUGCACUGUCCAGACGGAGAUCCGGGAGAUCAUCACCUCCAUCCUGCUGAGCGGGCGGAUCGGGCCCAACAUCCAGUUGGCUGAGUGCUAUGGUCUGAGGCUGAAGCACAUGAAGUCCGAUGAGAUCCACUGGCUACACCCACAGAUGACGGUGGGUGAGGUGCAGGACAAGUAUGAGUGUCUGCACGUGGAAGCCGAGUGGAGGUAUGACCUUCAAAUCCGCUACUUGCCAGAAGACUUCAUGGAGAGCCUGAAGGAGGACAGGACCACGCUGCUCUAUUUUUACCAACAGCUCCGGAACGACUACAUGCAGCGCUACGCCAGCAAGGUCAGCGAGGGCAUGGCCCUGCAGCUGGGCUGCCUGGAGCUCAGGCGGUUCUUCAAGGAUAUGCCCCACAAUGCACUUGACAAGAAGUCCAACUUCGAGCUCCUAGAAAAGGAAGUGGGGCUGGACUUGUUUUUCCCAAAGCAGAUGCAGGAGAACUUAAAGCCCAAACAGUUCCGGAAGAUGAUCCAGCAGACCUUCCAGCAGUACGCCUCGUCAGGGAGGAGGAGUGCGCUCAGGGAGGAGGAGUGCGUCAUGAAGUUCUUCAACACUCUCGCCGGCUUCGCCAACAUCGACCAGGAGACCUACCGCUGUGAACUCAUUCAAGGAUGGAACAUUACUGUGGACCUGGUCAUUGGCCCUAAAGGGAUCCGCCAGCUGACUAGUCAGGACGCAAAGCCCACCUGCCUGGCCGAGUUCAAGCAGAUCAGGUCCAUCAGGUGCCUCCCGCUGGAGGAGGGCCAGGCAGUACUUCAGCUGGGCAUUGAAGGUGCCCCCCAGGCCUUGUCCAUCAAAACCUCAUCCCUAGCAGAGGCUGAGAACAUGGCUGACCUCAUAGACGGCUACUGCCGGCUGCAGGGGGAGCACCAAGGCUCUCUCAUCAUCCAUCUUAGGAAAGAUGGUGAGAAGCGGAACAGCCUGCCCCAGAUCCCCAUGCUAAACCUGGAGGCCCGGCGGUCCCACCUCUCAGAGAGCUGCAGCAUAGAGUCAGACAUCUACGCAGAGAUUCCCGACGAAACCCUGCGAAGGCCCGGAGGUCCACAGUAUGGCAUUGCCCGUGAAGAUGUGGUCCUGAAUUGUAUUCUUGGGGAAGGCUUUUUUGGGGAGGUCUAUGAAGGUGUCUACACAAAUCACAAAGGGGAGAAAAUCAAUGUAGCUGUCAAGACCUGCAAGAAAGACUGCACUCUGGACAACAAGGAGAAGUUCAUGAGCGAGGCAGUGAUCAUGAAGAACCUCGACCACCCGCACAUCGUGAAGCUGAUCGGCAUCAUUGAAGAGGAGCCCACCUGGAUCAUCAUGGAAUUGUAUCCCUAUGGGGAGCUGGGCCACUACCUGGAGCGGAACAAGAACUCCCUGAAGGUGCUCACCCUCGUGCUGUACUCACUGCAGAUAUGCAAAGCCAUGGCCUACCUGGAGAGCAUCAACUGCGUGCACAGGGACAUUGCUGUCCGGAACAUCCUGGUGGCCUCCCCUGAGUGUGUGAAGCUGGGGGACUUUGGUCUUUCCCGGUACAUUGAGGACGAGGACUAUUACAAAGCCUCUGUGACUCGUCUCCCCAUCAAAUGGAUGUCCCCAGAGUCCAUUAACUUCCGACGCUUCACGACAGCCAGUGACGUCUGGAUGUUCGCCGUGUGCAUGUGGGAGAUCCUGAGCUUUGGGAAGCAGCCCUUCUUCUGGCUGGAGAACAAGGAUGUCAUCGGGGUGCUGGAGAAAGGAGACCGGCUGCCCAAGCCUGAUCUCUGUCCACCGGUCCUUUAUACCCUCAUGACCCGCUGCUGGGACUACGACCCCAGUGACCGGCCCCGCUUCACCGAGCUGGUGUGCAGCCUCAGUGACGUUUAUCAGAUGGAGAAGGACAUUGCCAUGGAGCAAGAGAGGAAUGCUCGCUACCGAACCCCCAAAAUCUUGGAGCCCACAGCCUUCCAGGAACCCCCACCCAAGCCCAGCCGACCUAAGUACAGACCCCCUCCACAAACCAACCUCCUGGCUCCAAAGCUGCAGUUCCAGGUUCCCGAGGGUCUGUGUGCCAGCUCUCCUACGCUCACCAGCCCUAUGGAGUAUCCAUCUCCCGUUAACUCACUGCACACCCCACCUCUCCACCGGCACAAUGUCUUCAAACGCCACAGCAUGCGGGAGGAGGACUUCAUCCGACCCAGCAGCCGAGAAGAGGCCCAGCAGCUGUGGGAGGCUGAAAAGGUCAAAAUGCGGCAAAUCCUGGACAAACAGCAGAAGCAGAUGGUGGAGGACUACCAGUGGCUCAGGCAGGAGGAGAAGUCCCUGGACCCCAUGGUUUAUAUGAAUGAUAAGUCCCCAUUGACGCCAGAGAAGGAGGUCGGCUACCUGGAGUUCACAGGGCCCCCACAGAAGCCCCCGAGGCUGGGCGCACAGUCCAUCCAGCCCACAGCUAACCUGGACCGGACCGAUGACCUGGUGUACCUCAAUGUCAUGGAGCUGGUGCGGGCCGUGCUGGAGCUCAAGAAUGAGCUCUGUCAGCUGCCCCCCGAGGGCUACGUGGUGGUGGUGAAGAAUGUGGGGCUGACCCUGCGGAAGCUCAUCGGGAGUGUGGAUGAUCUCCUGCCUUCCUUGCCGUCAUCUUCACGGACAGAGAUCGAGGGCACCCAGAAACUGCUCAACAAAGACCUGGCAGAGCUCAUCAACAAGAUGCGGCUGGCUCAGCAGAACGCCGUGACAUCCCUGAGUGAGGAGUGCAAGAGGCAGAUGCUGACGGCUUCACACACCCUGGCUGUGGACGCCAAGAACCUGCUCGACGCUGUGGACCAGGCCAAGGUUCUGGCCAAUCUGGCCCACCCACCUGCAGAGUGACGGAGGGUGGGGGCCACCUGCCUGUGUCUUCCGCCCCUGCCUGCCAUGUACCUCCCCUGCCUUGCUGUUGGUCAUGUGGGUCUUCCAGGGGGAAGGCCAAGGGGAGUCACCUUCCCUUGCCACUUUGCACGACCCCCUCUCCCCACCCCUACCCCCGGCUGUACUGCUCAGGCUGCAGCUGGACAGAGGGGACUCUGGGCUAUGGACACAGAGGACGGUGACAAAGAUGGCUCAGAGGGGGCACUGCUGCUGCCUGGCCACUGCUCCCUAAGCCAGCCUGGUCCGUGCAGGGGGCUCCUGGCGGUGGGGGGGUGUCACAUGGUGCCCCUAGCUUUAUAUAUGGACAUGGCAGGCCGAUUUGGGAACCAAGCUAUUCCUUUCCCUUCCUUUUCGGCCCUCAGAUGUCCCUUGAUGCACAGAGAAGCUGGGGAGGAGCUUUGUUUUGGGGGUCAGGCAGCCAGUGAGAUGAGGGAUGGGCCUGGCAUUCUUGUACAGUGUAUAUUGAAAUUUAUUUAAUGUGAGUUUGGUCUGGACUGACAGCAUGUGCCCUCCUGAGGGAGGAUCUGGGGCACAGUCCAGGAACAAGCUAAUUGGGAGUCCAGGCACAGGAUGCUGUGUUGUCAACAAACCAAGCAUCAGAGGGAAGAAGCAGAGAGAUGCGGCCAAGAUAGGACCUUGGGCCAAAUCCACUCUCUUCCUGCCCCUCUUUCUCUUUCUUCCUUUACUUUCCCUUUCUUUUCCCUCUUUUCUUACUCCUCCUCUUUCUCUCCCCGACCCCCAUUCUCAUCUGCACCCUUCUUUUCUCACGUGUUUGCAUAAACAUUCUUUUAACUUCUUUCUAUUUGACUUGUGGUUGAAUUAAAAUUGUCCCAUUUGC